AUGUUCAACCCCAGUGUGGAAGCUGGUCCUGGACGGUUGGUCAGCCGGCACCGGUACAAGGACGGCUUCAUGCCCGACUAUCCCUUGGAGGUUAUCGGUCACGACGGCGAAUGGGUCAAGCCACCCAAUGACAAUGACGAUGGAAGCGUGCCGACGGCCGAUUACGUGGACGAAGGUGCAGGUAAUGGUGCAAGUUUAGGAAGUGGUAGAAGUAGUAGUGGCGGUUCAAGUUCGGAAGGUGGCGCAGGUGGUAUGAGUGGCGAUAAUGGCAGGGACCGGCUGGGAUACUCCAUCCGGCAACAAAAGAUUGAUGCAGCUCUCAGUGCAACUUCAAGUUCCGGUCCAGGAAUUCGGCCCGACGACCAUCGGCCAUUUUCGGAUUUCGUCGUCAGCCUGCUCAGAACGGUUCAGCUGACGCCUCUUGCAACGCUCAAAAAGUCAAAAGGCAAACCACCUGGCGCUGCAGUCCCGGCCACGAAGGCGGCUGUGCAUCAGCCUCAACACCAAGGUGGCAACUCGAAACCAUGGUAG